CUCUGUUCUUUCCAUCGGGACCCAAAGUUCAUUAAUACACAUACGCGCGUACAUUGCAAAAUCGCAAUUCCUUUCUAGGGUUCUUUAUUUGUGGGUUUCUGUCAUCCAGAAAUUUCAGUUUGAGUGACGGUUUGGUUCAGAAAAUUGCGAUUGCAUUGCUGCAUUGCCGUAACAGUUACGCACUAAUGUUCCGGAGUUCAGUAUCUUUGGAUGUAUCGGUAUGAAUUUAUGGUUUAUGAUGUUUGUUUCGCUUGAACGAUGUUUUGAAGUGUUUAAUUUCUGAGCCAUUUGGUAAUAUGAUCGACACUGGAUUUUCAGAAGUGGGUUUUUUUUUGAAUUUUGUUGCCUUUUAGGAUUGUUAGUCUCUGCUGUUUCGUGGUCUGCUUGUGGGUUUUUUCAUUUAGGUUAGUUGUGAGAAAUGGGUUAAAAGUCUUUUAGAAUACCGGAGGUAAUUUGUGUUUUGCGAGUUGGGGAUAGCUGAGGAUGAUGAAGAGGAAUAAAAGUGAUCCAAGCGUAAGGAGGUUUAAGUGGUCUCAUGUUUUAAUGGCGUUUGUUGCAAUGUACUUGAUUCUUAUGUGCUUGAAGUUACCAUCAUUCUUUGAGAGCGCUGCACUUUUGAAUAGUAAUGAUGAUGGAGCGGGUAGGGAAGGUUUGUCGAUUGGGAUUGAGGAGCAUACUGAACUAAGCAAACCACAGAUGAGCUCUCUUUAUAAAGAUGGUUUUCACAGAAUACUGCAAAAUAAUAUGGAUCAAAGUGCACCUAAGAUGCCACAUGAAGAAGCUUUAGAAGAGAAAAUGGGUGUUACUGAAACUCUAAAGCCGGUUCCCCUCUAUUAUGGUAGAAUAGCUGCUGCAAUCUUGAGACGAAGGAACAGAACGAGUGAUUUUUCAAUUAUUGAGAAGAUGGCUGAUGAGGCUUGGGCAUUAGGUGAGAAGGCAUGGGAAGAAGUUGAGGAAUAUAAAGGGAAGGAUAUUGAGAUGGACACCAUACUUGAGGGAAAACCUGAAUCAUGUCCUUCAUGGGUUUCAGUGAGUGGAAAGGAUUUGGCUGGGGAAAAUAACAUGAUGUUUCUUCCCUGUGGGCUUGCUGCAGGAUCUUCAAUCACAGUGAUUGGAACACCUCGUAAAGCUCACAAGGAAUAUGUGCCUCAGCUUGCCCGAUUGAAGGUUGAUGCCAUGGUUCUCGUUUCUCAAUUCAUGAUUGAAUUACAGGGUUUGAAGGCUGUAGUUGGAGAGGAUCCACCUAAGAUCUUGCAUCUGAAUCCUAGAUUGCAAGGUGAUUGGAGCCAUCGACCAGUCAUUGAGCAUAAUACUUGCUACAGGAUGCAGUGGGGCACAGCCCAGAGGUGUGAUGGUGUGGCAUCCAGGAGGGAGGAUGACAUGCUUGUUGAUGGUUAUUUGAGAUGUGAGAAAUGGAUGCGAAACGAUAUUGUGGAUCCAAAGGAAUCCAAAAUAUUCUCAUGGUUUGACAGGUUUAUUGGACGGGCUAAAAUGCCCGAAGUGACCUGGCCAUUUCCAUUUGUAGAGGAUCGUCUCUUUGUUCUAACUAUUCGUGCUGGUGUUGACGGGUACCAUAUCAAUGUUGGUGGUCGACAUGUGACCUCAUUUCCAUACCGAACGGGAUUUACACUGGAAGAUGCAACAGGCUUAGCAAUCAAAGGUGAUGUGGACAUUCAUUCAGUUCAUGCCACCUCUCUUCCGACCUCUCAUCCAAGUUUUUCACCACAAAGAGUAAUAGAUUUUGCUGAGCAGUGGAAAUCAAGUCCUUUGCCCUCACACAACAUUCAGGUUUUUAUUGGCGUACUCUCGGCAACCAAUCACUUUGCAGAACGUAUGGCAGUUCGGAAGACAUGGAUGCAAUCUGCAGCAAUUAGGUCCUCAAAUGUGGUGGUUCGUUUCUUUGUUGCAUUGAACCCCAGGAAGGAGGUGAAUGCUGUUUUGAAGAAAGAGGCUGCUUAUUUUGGAGAUAUCGUAAUUAUUCCAUUCAUGGAUCGAUACGAACUAGUAGUUCUCAAAACCAUUGCCAUCUGUGAAUAUGGGGUCCAAAAUGUAAGCGCUUCAUAUAUCAUGAAAUGUGAUGACGAUACAUUUGUAAGAGUUGAUACUGUCCUUAAAGAAAUUGCUGGAGUAUCUCCCAAAAGGUCCCUUUAUAUGGGCAAUCUUAACCUCUUGCACAGACCUCUUAGAACUGGGAAGUGGGCUGUGUCCUUUCAGGAAUGGCCUGAAGAAAUAUACCCUCCUUAUGCCAAUGGACCUGGCUACAUAAUUUCUAGGGACAUCGCGAAGUACGUUGUAGCUCAACAUGCGCAGCAUAAUCUACGGUUAUUCAAGAUGGAGGAUGUCAGCAUGGGAAUGUGGGUUGAGCAGUUCAACAGCUCUACACAAGUUCAGUAUUCACACAACUGGAAAUUUUGUCAAUAUGGGUGCAUGGAGGACUAUUAUACUGCGCAUUACCAAUCGCCUCGCCAAAUGCUUUGUCUUUGGGCCAACUUGGUUAAGGGUCAGGCUCGCUGCUGCAAUUAUUAGAACCUGCCUGUUAAAGAUCUAGGAUUCCCUUGUCGUCGUUGCACAGUGAUCUGCAUUUGUUCCACGCUGGUAAAGAUUCCAACAAUGCAGUUAUCCAGGACCAGAAGGUAGUUGUACUGAAAGAUACAAUUAGCUGGAGAAGGCUACCUGACAGAAAAAUUAUGAAGGCGUGAGAACUUGUACUGUAUUCAUGACUUACUAUCCUUGUAAACUCACUGCCAAACAAACAUUAUGGUAAUGUAUAGUAUUUGUGCAGUCUGAUGUGUACUAUUGAUCAUUGGCAUUGUUGUUAUGGAGCAUGAGAAUAAAAGGAGCUCCCAGUUUUGAUGGAAGGUGGUGGUAUAUGUCCUUUGAUUACUGCCUGCAACAAAUUAUUGUGCGACAUUUUUUACAUUCUUUUUAAGUAUUCUCCUAGAGGCACAUAAUCUAGUUUUUCUAUCAAGGCCACUCCCAUUCAAUGAUACGUGUUAUGUUAGUCCCUUCUUACAAUUUCAUCUUCUGCAAUCUUAUGAAAAAUUUAACCUUUAUGCCUUA